CAUGGUUCCCCACUGUCUCUCCCUUGCAGCUCUGUCUCACAUCUCUGGGUAUAACUCUCUGCUGCUACUCAGCCUACAGAAUACAGAGAAAAAUCAUUCUGAAUUACUGUUGUGACUAGGUUUCUCAACUUGCUAAAACAAGUGAAUUGGGAGCUCAGAGGAGGAAUCAUCAAUUUCCUUCAUUCUGUAUCUUUAAACAGACAAUUUUCUUUAUGAAAGUGGAUUUGCCCCUUUGGAGUGAAUGAGACGAAGGAAAUUGUCCAGAAUACAGCAGAGGAAGAUUUCCUGCAUUAAGAUUCAUACUACAAGAGACAAUUCUGGACACUAUUACAGUACGUGACCAAGUGGAAAACUCACUGCUUGCAAACAGCAAAGUACAAAACUGCUCCAGGGACAUACACAUGCGCUCCAGAAGUAACAGCACAGAAAGUCCAACCAAAUCAAAACAGUGCCAGCAAAAGAUAAGAGGCCACCAUGAGGAAGAUGCUCCUUAUGCUGGGAGAGUAAACAUGAAAAGGGGACAAAAUGAGAAAGAAACCAGCACCAUCCUAAGAAGCCCCGAAUCUGAGAAAAAACAAAAAAGAUAUUCCGAGAAAGGAGAAGACCUCUCUCGAGAUGACCUGCUAUUUCUUCUUAGUGUGCUUGAGGGUGAAUUACAGGCUCAAGAUGAAGUCAUAGGAGUUCUGAAGGCUGAAAAAAUUGACCUGGCUUUGCUUGAAGCACAAUAUGGCUUUGUUACUCCCAAAAAGGUAUUAGAGGCACUCCAGCGAGAUGCUAUCCAAACCAAGGUUGCACAAUGGCAAGAGGAUAUCUAUGAAAAGCCUAUGGGAGAGCUUGACAAACUUGUUGAGAAACAGAAAGAAACUCACAAACGAAUGCUGGAGCAGCUUUUAAUGUCAGAAAAAUCACACAGACAGACUCUGUAUGAGCUAGAGGAUGAGAAGAGGAAGCAUACAGAGUAUAUGGAAAGAAGUGAUGAAUUUACAAGUUUACUGGAACAAGAACGAGAAAGAUUGAAAAAGCUGAUUGACCAAGAAACAGCCUAUCAGGCAAAAAAAGAGAAGGAAAACAACAAGAAAAUAACUAAAUUGAAAGAAGAACUGACAAAACUAAAAUCAUUUGCUUUAAUGGUGGUGGAUGAACAGCAAAGACUUACAGAACAGUUGAACCAACAAAGUCAAAAAAUCCAAGAGCUAAUCACUACUGCAGAGCAAGUACACGAGAAACUCACUAUUGCUGAAGCAAAAGCGGAAGAAGAGAAGCAGAAAGCCAUCCGGCUGGAAGCAGAAUUGCAAGCGCAAACCAAUAAGAUUUCCCAAGAACAAGAAACAAUGAUGGCCAAACUAACCAAUGAAGACAGCCAGAAUCGCCAGCUCCGGAUAAAAUUAACAGCACUCACUCGACAAAUUGAUGAAUUAGAGGAGACUAAUAAGUCUUUACGAAAAGCAGAGGAAGAACUGCAAGACAUAAGGGAAAAAAUAAAUAAAGGAGAAUGUGGAAAUUCCACCCUUAUGUCUGAAGUAGAAGAGUUACGAAAACGUGUCCUGGAAAUGGAAGGUAAAGAUGAAGAGCUCAUAAAAAUGGAAGAUCAGUGUAGAGAGCUUAAUAAAAAAUUAGAAAAAGAAGCAGAACAAAACAAGAACUUUAAAGCAGAAGUUGACAAACUCAACAAAAGAAUUAUGGAGCUGGAGAAAUUAGAAGAUGCUUUCAACAAGAGCAAACAAGAAUGUUAUGCUCUGAAAUGCAAUCUAGAAAAAGAAAAAAUGUUAACAAAGCAAUUAUCUCAGGAGUUGGAAGGCUUAAAAGCUAGAAUUGGAGAGCUUGAAGCCAUUGAAAUCAAGUUAGAAAAAACAGAAUUCACACUCAAGGAAGAUUUAACUAAACUGAAAACAUUAACGGUCAUGCUUGUGGAUGAAAGAAAAACAAUGAGUGAAAAAAUAAAGCAAACAGAAGAAAAGUUACAAUCUGCAACUUCCCAGCUUCAGGUGGAGCAAAAGAAAGUGAUGUCAGUUACAGAAAAACUAAUUGAGGAAAGUAAAAAGGCACUGAAAUCAAAAUCUGAUGCAGAGGAAAAAACGUCCAGUGUAACAAAGGAAAGAGAUGAACUGAAAAACAAACUAAAAGCAGAGGAAGAGAAAGGAAAUGAUCUCUUUUCCAAGGUAAAUAUUCUAAGGAAAAGGCUUCAGUCACUAGAAGCCAUUGAAAAAGAGUUUCUUAAAAAUAAACUCAAAGAGACAACUAAAUCAAGCACAUCCUUACAGCAAGAGAACAACAAGAUUAAAGAACUUGCCCAAGAAGUUGAGAGGUUGAAAAAUAAGCUGAAAGAAAUGAAGGCCAUAGAGGAUGAUCUCAUGAAAACUGAAGAUGAAUUUGAGUCUCUAGAGCGAAGAUACAUCAAUGAACGAGACAAAGCUAAAUUUCUAUCAGAAGAACUGGAGACUGUGAAAAUGGAACUGGCUAGGUAUAAGUUAGUAGAGAAGGCAGAGUCCAACCAAGAACAGUGGCUUUUCAAAAAACUUAAAGAAGAAGAAGCGAAGUCAGGGCACCUGUCUAGAGAGGUAGAUGCAUUGAAAGAGAAAAUUCAUGAGUACAUGGAAACAGAAGACGUGAUAAGUCAUCUACGGGGUGAUCAUAUGGUCCUACAGAAGAAAUUCACCCAGCAAGAAAACAAAAACAGGGAGUUGGCAAGAGAAAUUGAUAGCCUUACCAAAGAAUUAGAGAGAUACAGACGCUUCAGUAAGAGCCUUAGACCGAGUCUUAAUGGAAGGAGAAUUUCUGACUUGCAGGUUUUCUCUAAAGAAGUCCAGACAGAUCCAGCAGACAAUGAACCACCUGAUUACAAGAGCCUUGUUCCUUUAGAACGAGCAGUCAUAAAUGGGCAAUUGUAUGAAGAGAGUGAUAAUGAAGAUGAAAACAAUGAUGAGGAGCAAACAGUGUCUUUCAAAUGCAAUUCAUCCAUUGCAAAUGCAGUAAACAAAAAGUUAUGGAUCCCAUGGAUGAAGUCCAAAGAAAGCCAUCCUCAAAAUGGAAAAAUUCAUAACAAACAGAAUGGAAAUUGUGCACAGCCACGAGACUUAGUUCUAAGUCACACACCUGGUCAACCUCUUCAUAUAAAGGUUACACCAGACCAUGGACAAAACACAGCUACCCUUGAAAUAACAAGCCCUACCACAGACAGUCCUCACUCUUACACUAGUACAGCAGUUAUACCCAACUGUGGCACACCAAAGCAAAGAAUAACCAUUAUUCAAAAUACCUCCUUAAUGCCUUUAAAAUCAAAAAUCGCUGAUGGUUACAUGAGUCCAGAGCAAGCCGUGCCACCUAUUACAUUGGCUACUUUUGCAAGAUCUCAAACUCCUGAAUCAUGUGGCUCAAUAACUCCAGAAAGAACAAUGUCUCCGUUGGCUCUGACAGGUUCUUCAAGUUCUCCAGAACAAAUGCUUUCUCCAGAACCUUUGGAAAUUGGUGCCAAGCAUACUCUUUUUAGAGUAUCCCCAGACAGGCAAUCGUCAUGGCACUUUCAAAGAUCUAACAGCACUGGUUCAAGUGUAAUAACUACUGAGGAUAAUAAAAUCCAUAUUCAUUUAGGAAGUCCUUAUGUUCAGGCUCUUGCUAAUUCAGCAAAACCUUGUACUCCAAUUCAGGAUAACAGAACUCCAGCACUAACUAAUGGAAUACACAGUAAGCCUACUAGUAAAAUCACAAGCAGUAUCACAAUCACACCAACAGCCACUCCUCUCCCACGGCAAUCACAAAUUACAGUAAGUAAUGUCUAUAACUGAUCCCCACCCAUGCUGACUCCCUUACCAGCAACCCAUCCUAUUUUUCAUCCCAGCAAGAAUAAUUUAGAACACCCCCUUUAUUUUGGGAGAGAUCUGUGCAUGAACUGUACAAUCCUAUUUGGAACUAAUGUUAAGUUUUGCCUGCUUAGUCAUAUCAAGUGUGCACUUACUGUAUAUCUUUUCAUUGAAAUAUCUUUAUGUAAAAUAUUUAGUCUUCCACUUUUAUAAAUGCAUCUUUAUGUAUUUCCAUUUUCCAUAACUCACAUUACUUUUGAUUGCAAGGUGUAUUGGUGAAAUAUUUUAACAUUACAAAACAGUAAAUAAUUGGUUGUUUUUACCAUUGCUUGCAGAAUUAUUUGUUCUUUUGGGCUGUGUGUGUGUGCGCAUUUUGUAUUUUUGCAUGUAUGACAGACUUUUAUUUUAAUCCUUGAAAUGCCUGCUAAAUACAGAUAAGAACUGUUUCAUUAC